CGCCCGCAGCCCACGAUGACGGGGCCGAGGCUGGCGCUGGCCGCCGCGCUCCUCUGCAGCUGCACCUCGCCGGGGGCCGACGCCAACUCCUGGUGGUCUUUGGCCAUGAACCCCAUCCAGAGACCUGAGAUGUACAUCAUCGGCGCGCAGCCCGUGUGCAGCCAGCUGCCGGGGCUGUCCCCUGGGCAGCGCAAGCUGUGCCAGCUCUACCAGGAGCACAUGGUCUUCAUCGGGGAGGGGGCCCGCAGCGCCAUCAAAGAGUGCCAGUACCAGUUUCGGCAGCGGAGGUGGAACUGCAGCACAGUGGACAACAUCUCCGUCUUUGGCCGGGUCAUGAAAAUAGGUAGCCGAGAGACUGCUUUCACCUACGCUGUCAGUGCUGCCGGGGUGGUGAACGCAAUCAGCCGGGCUUGCCGGGAAGGAGAGCUCUCUAGCUGUGGCUGCAGCCGGACAGCCCGGCCCAAGGACUUGCCCCGAGACUGGCUGUGGGGCGGCUGUGGGGAUAAUGUGGAGUAUGGAUAUCGCUUUGCCAAGGAGUUUGUGGAUGCCAAGGAGAGGGAGAAAAACUACGUGAAAGGUUCGGAGGAGCAGGCUCGCAUGUUGAUGAACUUACAGAACAACGAGGCUGGUCGCAGGGCCGUGUAUAAGCUGGCAGAUGUGGCCUGUAAGUGCCAUGGCGUGUCAGGCUCCUGCAGCCUCAAGACCUGCUGGCUGCAGCUGGCUGACUUCCGCAAGGUGGGUGAUCUGCUGAAGGAGAAGUACGACAGCGCAGCCGCCAUGAGGAUCAGCCGCAAGGGCAAGUUGGAGCUGGUGAACAACCGUUUCAACAUGCCUACACAGGAGGACCUGGUCUACGUUGACCCUAGCCCGGACUAUUGCCUGCGCAAUGAGACCACUGGCUCGCUGGGCACUCAGGGCCGACUGUGCAACAAGACCUCAGAGGGCAUGGAUGGGUGUGAGCUGAUGUGUUGCGGCCGGGGUUAUGACCAGUUCAAGAGUGUCCAAGUGGAGCGUUGCCACUGCAAGUUCCAUUGGUGCUGUUACGUCAAGUGUAAAAAGUGCACAGAGAUCGUUGACCAGUACGUCUGUAAAUGAAAAGAGCCACCAAAGCAACAAAUCUAUAUUAUAUAAAUCUAUAUAAAUAUAUUUUAUAUUUGUAUAAAUAAACAGAUGAUGAUAAUAAUUAAAGAAGCUUAUUUAAGAGACACUUUGGUUUUGAAAUUUCCCCCAUCAGACUGGCUACUUUGCUAUUCCUUUGAUUCUGCUGAGGAAUUUGUCUGUGUGCAUCUCCCCUUGGAUGUUUCAGUUGGGGAGAAGGGGUUCAGGGAGCUGCUGACAGAAAGAACGCCCAUUGCACGCAGGCAUGCACAUGCACGCACCAUCUCACUACAGAAACAAGGUCAGCAAGGAGGAGGAGGAGAAGGGUGGGUUCUUUCUACUAUCUCACCAUUAAAUGUCUGCAUUUUGCCUAAUAGUGGACAUCUGAAAUUACAGCCAGACAUGGGAGAGUCCUAGUUACUUGCAUUUCAAACCCUUCCACCCCACUAAACCCAAUGAGGGAUUUGGAAGCAAUUUUUGGUCCCUAUUAAGGGUUACAGUAGAGGGAAAGUUGCCAAGUCUCAUGGACAAGAAUAUGACUUAAACUGCAGAGUGCUGUAAACCAUGCCUAGAGACUGAACAGAGCAGAAUGUGGUGGUGGAAGCCUUGCAGCUGACGAUGAAGAGGGAAGGCAGGACCCAUGGCUGAGAAGUGUACAGCCUGGGAGUCCCCAUGAAGCCAGCAUCUAGUUCUUCUGUACCACCUGGACAGAGGGGAAUCUGUCAGAUCGCAGACUACGUGGACAUAUACAAGAGAGUUUUUUUUUUUCUUUUCAACCCUGUACUGAAACUUAACUUGUCAUGGUAGAGGAGGAGCUGCCUGUGUGCAGAGAUGUUUGUGAAAGAAAUAUACUUCAUGUUUUGUCAGUAGACAGACGUUUUGCACGCAUACACAUGACUGCGUAAGUACUCCUCAUACUGCUGCCAUUUUUCCUCUUUGAAGUGGAUGCAGGUGGUCACUUUGUUCAGCGCUAUAAAAUCCUUACCACCACCAUCCCAGAUGUACAAUUUCUCUUUAACAUUA